AUGCCUCCAUUCAGACACGCGUCAAAGCCGGCUCGUGAGACAUGGCACCCCAUAAUAGUGACUACGAAUUCACAGAGAAAAAAGAGAUGCAACUUCGUCAUUGGCGAACUCACGAUGCAAAACCCCAUGCAAGACGUGCAGAUCGAAAGUCGUCAAUUCGACAGGGACAACUGCUCGGGCAGCGCCCUCGACCUCGAGGGCCUGAUCAUGUCAAUCGGUCAUGAAGAGGAGAGAAAGAAAUCAACGGAGAAAGAGUCGAAGAAAAGGAAAGCGAAACGAGGAACAUGGGCCCGGAGAACCAGGCAGGGAGACGGGAAGGAGAGCAGAAGCGCAAAUUGA